ACGCGUCGACGCUAGCGACGUACCUGUCGGACUCCGGACCCCUGCCGCUUUUCUUCCCUUUCCGUGGGUCAGGGCCGGUUUGGUCCAGAACCGCAGCCUCCUUUUCAGCCCUAUUUCGCCCGCAACCCGGAAUCAGGCUGGAAAAUGAGGAAGGGGGGUGUGGAGGCUUGAAAGCCAUCCUACUUUCCUCCCGAGUUGGACCAUGGAUUCAGUUUUAGUCUUUUGAGAGGGAAGUGAGGUUGGGGAUUUUUAUUUUUAAUUUUGGAGAGAAGCAGGUUGACUCUAAGGUCCUUCAUAGCAAGAGGAUUUAACUUAAUGCUGCUCCCGUGUAUGAAAGAGGACAAAAAAAAAAAAAAUACCACCUAGCAAAAUUUACGUAACCUCUUCAGUAGAAAAUCGCGAUAGUUUUCGUUGUGUGUCAAGCUUUUUCUAGACGAACCUCCCAGGGUAGCUAGGUUUUAGGUUUGAAACAGAUGCAGAAUCCAAAGGCAGCACAAAAAACAGCCACCGAUUUUGCUAUGCUUCUGAGCUGCGAGAUAAUCAGAGAGCUAAAUGGAGUCUGAGCAGCUGUUCCAUAGAGGCUACUAUAGAAACAGCUACAACAGUAUAACAAGUGCAAGUAGUGAUGAGGAACUUUUAGAUGGAGCAGGUGUUAUUAUGGACUUUCAGACUUCUGAAGAUGAUAAUUUGUUAGAUGGUGACACAGCAGUUGGAACUCAUUAUACAAUGACAAAUGGAGGCAGCAUUAAUAGUUCUACACACCUACUGGAUCUUUUGGAUGAACCAAUUCCAGGUGUUGGUACAUACGAUGAUUUCCAUACUAUUGAUUGGGUGCGAGAGAAGUGUAAAGAUAGAGAACGGCAUAGACGGAUCAACAGCAAAAAGAAAGAAUCAGCAUGGGAAAUGACAAAAAGUUUGUAUGACUCAUGGUCGGGAUGGCUAGUAGUAACACUGACAGGGCUGGCAUCAGGAGCACUGGCUGGAUUAAUAGACAUUGCUGCUGACUGGAUGACUGACCUAAAGGAAGGAAUUUGCCUUAGUGCAUUAUGGUACAACCAUGAACAGUGCUGUUGGGGAUCUAAUGAAACCACAUUUGAAGAGAGGGAUAAAUGUCCACAGUGGAAAACAUGGGCAGAGUUAAUCAUAGGUCAAGCGGAGGGUCCUGGUUCUUACAUCAUGAAUUAUAUAAUGUAUAUCUUCUGGGCCUUGAGUUUUGCCUUCCUUGCGGUUUCCCUGGUAAAGGUAUUUGCCCCAUAUGCCUGUGGCUCUGGAAUUCCAGAGAUUAAAACUAUUUUGAGUGGAUUCAUCAUCAGAGGUUACUUGGGAAAAUGGACUUUAAUGAUUAAAACCAUCACUUUAGUACUUGCUGUGGCAUCAGGUUUGAGUUUAGGAAAAGAAGGUCCCCUGGUACAUGUUGCCUGUUGCUGUGGAAAUAUCUUUUCCUACCUCUUUCCCAAGUAUAGCACAAAUGAAGCUAAAAAAAGGGAGGUGCUAUCGGCCGCCUCAGCUGCAGGUGUUUCUGUGGCUUUUGGUGCACCGAUUGGAGGAGUUCUUUUUAGCCUGGAGGAGGUUAGCUAUUAUUUUCCACUUAAAACUUUAUGGAGAUCAUUUUUUGCUGCUUUAGUGGCUGCAUUUGUUUUGAGAUCCAUCAAUCCAUUUGGGAACAGCCGUCUGGUCCUUUUUUAUGUGGAGUAUCAUACACCAUGGUACCUUUUUGAACUGUUUCCUUUUAUUCUCCUUGGGGUAUUUGGAGGGCUCUGGGGAGCCUUUUUCAUUAGGGCAAAUAUUGCCUGGUGUCGACGACGUAAAUCCACCAAAUUUGGAAAAUAUCCUGUUCUUGAAGUCAUUAUUGUUGCAGCCAUUACUGCUGUGAUAGCCUUCCCUAAUCCAUAUACGAGGCUCAACACCAGUGAACUGAUUAAAGAGCUUUUUACAGACUGUGGUCCCCUGGAAUCCUCUUCUCUCUGUGACUACAGAAAUGACAUGAAUGCCAGUAAAAUUGUUGAUGAUAUUCCUGAUCGUCCAGCAGGCGUUGGAGUGUAUUCAGCUAUAUGGCAGUUAUGCUUAGCACUCAUAUUUAAAAUCAUAAUGACCGUAUUCACUUUUGGCAUCAAGGUUCCAUCAGGCUUGUUCAUCCCCAGCAUGGCCAUUGGAGCGAUUGCAGGAAGGAUUGUGGGGAUUGCAGUAGAACAACUUGCCUACUAUCACCAUGACUGGUUUAUCUUUAAGGAGUGGUGUGAGGUCGGAGCUGAUUGCAUUACACCUGGCCUUUAUGCCAUGGUUGGUGCUGCUGCGUGCUUAGGUGGUGUGACAAGGAUGACUGUCUCCCUGGUGGUCAUUGUUUUUGAGCUUACUGGAGGCUUGGAAUAUAUUGUUCCUCUUAUGGCUGCAGUAAUGACCAGUAAAUGGGUUGGCGAUGCCUUUGGUAGAGAAGGCAUCUAUGAAGCACACAUCCGUUUAAAUGGAUACCCUUUCUUGGAUGCAAAAGAAGAAUUCACUCAUACCACCCUGGCAGCUGAUGUCAUGAGACCUCGGAGGAAUGAUCCUCCCUUAGCUGUCUUGACACAGGACAACAUGACAGUGGAUGACAUAGAAAACAUGAUUAAUGAAACCAGUUACAAUGGCUUUCCUGUCAUAAUGUCAAAAGAAUCUCAGAGAUUAGUGGGAUUUGCCCUCAGAAGAGACUUGACAAUUGCAAUAGAAAGUGCCAGAAAAAAGCAAGAAGGUAUUGUUGGGAGUUCUCGGGUGUGUUUUGCACAACACACCCCAUCUCUUCCAGCAGAAAGUCCUCGGCCAUUGAAAUUGCGCAGCAUCCUCGACAUGAGCCCUUUUACAGUGACAGACCACACCCCAAUGGAGAUCGUGGUGGAUAUCUUCCGAAAGCUGGGGCUGAGGCAGUGCCUCGUCACACACAACGGGAUUGUCUUGGGGAUCAUCACAAAGAAGAACAUUUUAGAGCAUCUCGAGCAACUAAAGCAGCACGUGGAGCCCUUGACGCCUGCUUGGCAUUAUAACAAAAAAAGAUAUCCUCCGUCAUAUGGCCCAGACGGCAAACCAAGACCCCGCUUCAAUAAUGUUCAACUGAACCCCAUAGAUGAGGAGAGAGAAGAAACAGAAGAGGAAGUUCAUUUGUUGAAUAGCACAACUCUUUAACCUGAGGGAGUCGUCCACUUUUUUUUCCUCCUUUAAAAAAAAAUUAAAAAGGAAAUAUAAAAGCCAGGCUUUUGCAUCAUGGUUUGCAAAUAAUGCUGGUGGAAUGGAGGAAUUGUUCAGGAAGGAAAAGAGAGAUGUUUCCCCAGCUGCGAGCAGCAAAUCAGCUCCUGUUGUGUUCUGCACUGGAUGCAUUCAGUGGAGGAUGUGCUGUGAUAGUGCAGGCUUGAGCCUCAACGGAGAUGACGCUGGAGUCCUCGAGCACCUGGCCUAUUUCCAACACUGCAGAGACGUGUUAUCAGUCCCUAUUUCUGGAGGGAUGACUUUGAAUUGAGCCAUCUAUAAGACUGCAAAGUCUUGCCCUUUUUUAUCAGAACUGUUCUGUUUAAUUCAUGAAUUGUGUAGUUAAGCAUUACCUUUCUACAUUCCAGAAGAGCUUUUAUUUCUCUCUCUCCUGAGCUGUAACAAAGCCUCUUAAAUUGGUGUACCCUGUUGAAGCAGUCCUUUCUCAUAUUGAGAUGUACUGUGAUUUUACUGAGGUUUCAUCACAAGAAGGGAGUGUUUCUUGUGCCAUUAACCAUGUAGUUUGUACCAUCACCAAAAGCUUGGAACAGUGCACACACACCAUGUCAAAGGCUUGCCCAGCAGGUAAAAUCUUGAGUGAAGUAUGAACAAAAUCUCCCAACUUGUGUGCUGUGUGGUUCAGAAUGAAAAACAGUGAAAACUUUAAAGGAUAAACAGUUUUUUUUUCCUCUCAGACUUUAUGGAUAAUGUGACCUGGUCUUAUGCAAAUUUUCUAUUUCUAAUACUACUAUGAUAUACAAGUGCUGUUCAGCAUAAUUAAACAAAAAGCUGCUGCUCUGACAGUAAAGAGAAGGAAGUAUUCUGUUUAACUGUAUCUGGUAUUGCAUGUUUAAACACUGGAAUUUCUUUCUUGAAAUUAGAUCAUUCUUUUGUUUCCUCAAGAUAUUUUACUGCUGACACUGAAGAUAAAAUGUAAUUCAUAACUUGCACUAAAUGUACAAUUCUUUUCUUAAAAAUUUACCAUCUUAUUUAUAUUUUUAUGGAUUAAAAUUUAUAAAAAUACAGAUCAGUUACUAUCACACUUAAAUAAUUUUACCUUUUUAAUGUGAUUUUUAUAAACUAAUUCUGACUUAUAAAUAUGGAGAUGUGAAAAAACGUUUACAAUGGGAGCAAGGGUUUAAAAAGCUUGUGCUGACUUCUCCAUGAUCCAAUGUGUACAUUACCUUUUCCUGAUCUUUCACUGCCAUCCUCUGGAUUAUGUAUAUCUUCUGAUCUGUCCAUUUUGACCCACAAACUGGAACAUUCAAAACAUUAUAAAUUACCUAGUGAAGUAAAACCCAAAAUUAGGGUUAACCUUUUUUUUAGAAAAUUUUUAAAAAUGAAAACAAUAAAAUUGUAAAGGUAGCAGUUAAAAUUUUAAUGUAAGUAUAAUCUUUCAAUCUCUGGGUAGGUCACCUCCAUAACUGAAGUGUUUGAUGAUAAGUUUGAGUAGCCACAAUGCACAUUUUUACAGGAUGAGUUAAAAUGUACUAAAGUGUUCAGAAUUUUUGUUUUUGGAAAUGUCUGUUUUAAUCAUGGUCUUAGUUCACCCUUAGCAAAGGCAAUUUACUCAAAAAAUAUCCUACGAUUGUGCAUUUCUGAUAAGCAAAUGACUUUUUGCAGACAGACAUUUUCUGAAACAUAACUGGCAGUGAACCAUUGUUACAUUUUGAAAGUGAUUCUUCCCUUCCUAGUUCUUAAUAAUAUACCUGUUAAGAGCUGUAAGAUCACCUAAGACCUAUGACCUUGAAGACUUAAAAGAUCAUGAAGCCAUAUUAGAAUGAUAAUUGAAAGUUAAACAUAAUAUUAGGAGUUUUGUGAGCUAUUCUUAGCUUUGCUAUCUGCCAAAAAUUACUAUUUGGUCCUCAUUACUUCCUCCAUUUGGCAGACUUCAGUUUUCUUCAUAGACCUGUCACUUAUUUUGACUAUCCAGAGUAAUUAUUUCUAAAUGAUAGUUCUGUAUAUCUUCAUCUGUCUUAAAUAUCUUUGCAGUGUGCAAUUCACUACGAGACUUUGAACUUCUCAGCAUGGCUCAUGGAUGACUAAUUGCCCUAAAUUACAACCCUUCAAAGGAGAAACCAGUUUUCUUGCAGGUGUGUCAUACAUUAAAUUGCACAUGGAUUUUAUUUUGCACAUUUUCCAUUUUGAUUUCAAGUCCUGCUUUCAUUGCCCAUCUUGCUUCAGACUGACAUUUUAGGAUGGAUAUUAAAGCAUAAAUUUUCUUUGGUAUAUUUCCAUCUCAGUGUGUCUUACUACUGAAACAUAGGAAAGGUGCCGUAUUUUUAAUGCAUUUAGAGGUUUUCUUUGAUAUUAUUAUCCCAUUUCUCUUUUUGAUACAUUGUCUGCUUUUCAACCAAAUGAUGAAGUAGUGGAGAACAUGACAUACAUGUGCCUAGCUAAUUGGCAAAUUAAUUAAUAUAAUAAGUGUAGCGCCUUAUUUGAGUACCCUGUUUGAGAAGGUAUAAUGAAAAUGGGCAGGAGUGUCAGCAUCUUAUUAAUAAUUGCUUUCAAUUUUUGGUUCACAAUGCUUAGUUUGUUAAUCUGUGAUGUUGCCUAGAGCUGUAUUUAUGUUUAUACUAGUGUAGUAAAGCUGCAUAUCAUUACAGUAAAAAUGAUUACUGUGAUGAGUUAAUCAGAAAAAUCUAUUAAAACCUAUAUGACAAUG